CACGAUCUCCUUCUUCCACAUUCAACUGCUCCCCAUCUACCCCUCUCUCUCUCUCUCUCACACACACACACAAAAACACACAAAAAACACGCACAGAAACACAGUGAAACAACAAGCAUGGUGUUAUCGAAGGCCGUGUCGGAGUCCGAUGCCUCCUUGCACUCGACGUUUGCUUCACGAUACGUCCGCACAUGUCUACCAAGGUUUAAGAUGCCUGACAAUUCGAUUCCGAAGGAGGCUGCGUAUCAGAUAAUAAACGAUGAACUGAUGUUGGACGGAAAUCCGAGGCUGAAUCUAGCGUCGUUCGUCACGACAUGGAUGGAACCGGAAUGUGAUAAGCUAAUCAUGUCUUCCAUUAAUAAGAAUUACGUUGACAUGGAUGAGUAUCCUGUCACUACUGAACUCCAGAAUCGUUGCGUGAACAUGAUAGCACAUCUGUUCAACGCGCCACUUGGUGAAACCGAGACUGCAGUCGGAGUGGGGACCGUAGGUUCAUCCGAGGCAAUCAUGUUAGCCGGAUUAGCCUUCAAAAGGAGAUGGCAAAACAAGAUGAGAGAACAAGGAAAACCAUUCGAUAAACCCAACAUUGUCACUGGUGCCAAUGUUCAAGUAUGUUGGGAGAAAUUCGCAAGGUACUUUGAAGUGGAGUUGAAAGAAGUAAAGUUGAGGGAUGAUUACUAUGUUAUGGACCCUGAAAAGGCUGUGGAGAUGGUUGACGAAAACACAAUUUGUGUCGCUGCUAUUUUGGGUUCAACCCUCAACGGUGAAUUUGAAGAUGUUAAGCGUUUGAAUGAUCUCUUAGUUGAGAAAAAUGCAGAGACUGGGUGGGAUACUCCGAUUCAUGUGGAUGCUGCAAGUGGGGGAUUUAUUGCACCAUUUAUCUACCCGGAAUUGGAAUGGGAUUUCCGAUUGCCAUUGGUUAAGAGUAUAAAUGUUAGUGGUCACAAGUAUGGUCUUGUGUAUGCUGGAAUCGGGUGGGUGAUUUGGAGGAACAAAGAAGACUUACCCGAUGAGCUUAUCUUUCAUAUUAAUUAUCUUGGUGCUGAUCAACCCACUUUCACCCUCAAUUUCUCCAAAGGUUCUAGUCAAAUCAUUGCUCAAUACUAUCAACUCAUUCGCUUGGGUUUUGAGGGAUACAAGAGCAUUAUGGAAAAUUGUCAAGAAAAUGCAAUGGUCCUAAAGGAAGGACUUGAAAAAACCGGACGCUUCAACAUCAUCUCAAAAGACAACGGUGUCCCACUCGUAGCAUUUUCACUAAAGGAUCACAAUCAACACACCGAGUUUGAGAUAUCAGAUAUGUUGAGGCGGUUCGGGUGGAUCGUGCCAGCUUACACGAUGCCACCAGAUGCCCAACAUGUCACGGUUCUCAGGGUGGUGGUUAGAGAAGAUUUUUCAAGGACAUUAGCAGAUAGACUUGUGGUGGACAUAUCGAAGGUGCUUCAUGAGCUUGAUACGUUGCCAGCCAGGUUGAGUGCCAAGAAGACAGUGUCAGAAGAAAAUGGAAUGUCGGUGGCAGCAGUCGAUGCUGAACACGAGGUGACAAGGAAGAUUACUGACGCGUGGAGGAAGUUCGUCUUGGAUAAGAAGAAAACUCAAGGUGUGUGUUAGGGUUUUGGUUCGUAGUAUUCUCUUGUGUUGAAAAUUUUAAUAAAGUAUUGUUUUAUUGUGUGGAUUUCAGAUAUUGUAAUUUUUGGUUAAUAAGUUUCUGUAUAUUUGUUUUAACAGUAAAAAUGUGAUGAUUUUAAUAUGUGAGGUUUGAGGUUUAA